CCUUAAUUGGGGAAAAAAAAAAGUUUUUGCCUCUCUGUCAUCAUCAGCUUUCCUCUUCUUCUUCGCAUGCUUGUAAUCACAUUGCUCCGAUUUCACUCCUGCUAAUCCUUUCUUUCUCCAGGGAGGCAGGGGAAAAUGUGCCCACUCCGCAUCAUUCUCGUCUUCCUCUCCGCCACUCUCGCCGGCUUCUUCCUCGUCCGCAACCUCAACUCCCCCCAAACCGCUCCUCUCCCCGACGACCUCCGCGAUUCCGACGACUCCUCCCCCGCCGCCGACGACUCAGCUACUCGAUUCUCCAAGGUCCGGUCAGCUGUGGAGUCCGGGUUCUGGACCUGCGUGGACAUGGCAAGUGGACGCUACCUCUGGAGGCACCUCACGUCUUCCUCUUCCUCGCCCAAACCUUCCAGUUCAUCCGAUUAAGUUGCAUCUCCCUCCCUGGCUUUUCAUCAAGUUUGUGAUGCUCUUAUUCCUUCGUGACUAGUUGAUCCAGCUGCUUUCAGUUUGAGGUUCUGGGAUGAGGGACUGGGAAUUCACACACCGCACAGCUCUCGUUGUGUGUUGUGGAUGCUUGUUGUUGUAGAUUUAUCAACUUGGGAAACAAACCCAUUUACAGUAUUGGUUAGAGAGAGUUGUAACCUGUAAUUAGCAGCUAGCAUUACCUUUAAUGCAUAUAAAUCUGCGACAUUUCUUGCGCACUGUGUCUUGUUACCUCGUUUCUGCACUUGGGUUUCUGUGUGUUCAUGAC